AUGAUGAGGCGCAUACCAGCUGAUGACAUCGUACCCCUUGACGCCUUCUCUCUAUGCGGCUCCCGGAUAUCCAUAUCGCUUUCAACAAUACAAGAAGAAUGUUCUUUUGAUUACUUUUCAUCGCAAUCAUCCUUUGGGACUGUUUCUUCCUUUGACAGUGCCAUGAUCAGUGCCGAAUCUCUAUGCUCUGGCUGUCGCUUUGACAGCGUGGCGACCAAGAAUAAGACCAGCAAGCUGAUGCCACCAUCACAUCCGAGGCAGCCUCUGAAACGCCCUACCGAAAUCAUCUUUGAAGGAUUGGACGAGGUGGAAAACAGCCCAUCCAAUACCCCCAUCCACAACAACCUCAUGAGGAAUGCUAGACGGCCAAAGCGAAGUUCCUUUGGGUCUAGGUCGUCCAGUGAUGGAUCUUGCUCUACCACUGGAGACGGAGCAGAAUACACACAGCCACUGAACGAUGACGAUGAUGGCGAACGCGACUCUUCCUGCCAUAACAGACGAUUCAGCUCACUGACAAUGGACGAUUUUGAUUACAUGCGACCUUUGAAUGAUGAAGAUCGCGAGGUUGAAUACUCGCGACCACUGAACGAUGGUCCAUAUCAUCCUUACAGUAAUAUUCGGUACGGUGAUGGCGGUGAGGAAAAAGUGGAGGAAGAUGGAACCAUCCAUCGCUUCUCAGAUUCAGAUCUGAUUCGACAUUUUGAUGAUAUGCGACUGUUAAGUUCACCAAUGGCAUCUCCUGAGUCAUCCUCGUCAUCGAAAUCAAGAUCCUAUGCAAUGCAAACUGCCAUGAGGGAGGCCAUGUUAUCAAAUCGAGAUAAUACUCUACGAUCAUUGGAUGACUAG